CUAAAGUUCAGAGAGUGGGUGAGGUUAAGAGGUCAGCCUUCAAAGGUGAAGAACUCACACUGGAUGAAGACAAAAUCUUCUGGAACUUUGAGUCCAAACAGGUACUUUGCUAUGGUCAGUCUGAUGUAGUUGUUGUGACCCACCCAUGUCUAUGAUGGUUCAGAUAAACCCUAAAUGAACACAUGCAUAAAUCCUACAUGUUGUGAUAAAAUGCUCAUGCAUUACAUGCACAACACUUUCCAUUACAGUGUAUGGAGUUUAAUAUCCUGACAGCCUGAUACAUACAAAAGGGCGUAGGCUUCUAGCAAGAAAUGGCUGCUACUGAGUGUGUUGAACACAAGACUGUCACAGACCCUCAUUUUAUAAUGAAUGGCACUGUGGACAUGUAUGCAAGCAAACAUGAAUAGUGACUCUCUGCAGAUAAAGAAUAUGGAAAAGUAUGAAGGUAUCUUUGAAUAUAAUAGCAGCUGCUGAUUUUUCUCCACACAGCCUCCUCUGUCAGUGUGCAGUGAGAGCUGUCCUCCAGGUACCCGCAUGGCCAGAAAGAAGGGGGAACCUGAAUGUUGUUUUGACUGUAUCCCUUGUUCUGAGGGAGAGAUCAGCAAUACAACUGACUCCAUGGAGUGCACCAGUUGUCCAGAAGAUUUCUGGUCCAGCCUCCAGCGUGACCACUGUGUUCUUAAGAAAACAGAGUUCCUCUCCUACCAUGAGCCUCUGGGUAUCUGCUUGACAACCACCUCAGUGUUGGGCACAUUUAUCUGUAUUGUUGUUCUGGGCAUUUUCAUCCAUCAUCACAGCACACCUAUAGUUCGUGCCAACAAUUCAGAACUCAGUUUUCUUCUCCUGGUGUCACUCAAAUUGUGCUUCCUGUGUUCGUUGCUCUUCAUUGGACGACCCAGAUUAUGGACUUGCCAACUAAGACAUGCAGCAUUUGGCAUCAGCUUUGUGCUUUGUGUCUCAUGUAUCCUGGUGAAAACCAUGGUGGUUCUGGCUGUGUUCAGGGCCUCCAAACCAGGAGGUGAAUCCAGUCUCAAGUGGUUUGGUGCUGUGCAGCAGAGAGGGACAGUUCUGUUUCUAACUUCUAUUCAAGCAGCAAUCUGCACUGUCUGGCUUGUUGCUGCUUCACCAAUGCCUCAUAAAAACACCCAGUAUCACAGUGACAAGAUAGUUUAUGAGUGUGCAGUUGGGUCCACAGUUGGUUUUGCAGUUUUACUUGGUUAUAUUGGUUUACUGGCUGUCCUCAGUUUUUUGUUUGCGUUUCUAGCGAAAAAUCUUCCAGACAGUUUCAAUGAGGCCAAACUCAUCACUUUCAGCAUGCUGAUCUUCUGUGCAGUGUGGGUGGCCUUUAUCCCUGCUUACAUCAGCUCACCAGGCAAAUAUGCAGAUGCAGUGGAGGUAUUCGCCAUCCUGGCCUCCAGUUUUGGCCUCUUGGUGGCACUGUUUGGACCCAAAUGUUACAUAAUCCUGUUGAGACCAGAGAGAAACACAAAGAAAGCCAUCAUGAGUCGAGGCACAAAGUAACAUUGUCAAUAUAGACAAUAAGGAUUUGUAGAUUUAAAAAGCAUGCCCUUUUCAAACCCAUUUUUUUUUCUUUUGCUUUCACCGUAUAUGAACAGAGUUGGACAUUAUGAGAUUAAAAGCAAUAAAUAAACUUGGUUCAUUGACAACAUUAUUUCUAAAACCUGCUUAAG